CACCAUUCGACCUUGAAAGUAGCAAGUUUUUCUCCCGUUUAUGUAUGCCUUUCUACUCUGUAAGGGUCGGACGGUCGACUGGCGUUUUCAGUGAAUGGUUAGGUUGGGUCUGUUAUACUACGGUUACAGGUCUGAAUGUGAAUCAAUGGUAAAAGGAUUUGCAGGUGCUCAGUUUAAAAAGUUUCGCACGUUUGCCGAAGCGGAAAGGUUCUGCAGAAGCACGGAAUGCAAAACUCCGGCUAAACAACCCACUUUAAUCGCACCAACUUCUGAUCGACCACACGUGUUUACGGAUGGCGCGUGCAUCGGUCCGAGUGACAACAGACAAGCGGGAUAUGGGGUAUACUGGGGCCCAGGUCACCCCCGCAACCUUUCCAAGAGACUUGGCGGUGAACAGACCAACAACCGUGCUGAAAUUGAGGCUGCAAUCGCUGCUGCCAAACAGGCAAAAAGUGAGGGACUUUCCCGGAUCGCCAUCGUCACUGACAGCAAGUUUACCCAAAUGUGCGCAACUGAGUGGGGACCUGUUUGGGAGAAGAAUGGCUGGAAGUUGGCUGAUGGCAAGCCGGUUAAGCUACAUGAACCCGUGAGGCGCCUGCUGAAAUACACUAGAGAUUCUGGUGUUGACGUAGAAUGGUUGUACGUUCCCGGUCAUUCGGGUGUCGAGGGGAACGAAGCAGCGGACCGAUUGGCCAACGAAGGGGCCAAAAAACCUCGUUAUACAGAAUAG